UCUUGUUCCGUUGGCGAGAGAAUAGUUUCGUCGGCUGCACAGUGCUCUCUCCGUACAUGUAGGGUUCAACUCUUCUCUCCACACACACACACAACGAGAGAGAUUUUAACUUUUUCUGGGCUGCUGACCUUGCCAGUGAGCACUCGAUGGAUGUGCUGCUGCAGCAGAAAGAAGAGCUCACCUGUUUUAAGCAAACAACAUUAACUGCUACUGUGUAUCAGCCUCGACUUUGUACCACCGUGACAGCUGAUUGAAAAACAGCCGAAGCAAAAGGUUUUUCAAUCCCAACUGGCGUAAUGCAGUUCGAGAGUGAAGGCCAAACUGACCGACAUUUUUGAAAAAACAACAACACACAUUUCGACCGUGUGUGUGUGUGAGUGUGUGUUUUUGUUUUCGUGAGUGAGUCAGCACGUCGUAAAAUUUAGUUUGUUUUGUUCAAGUGAAAUAGCCUCGAGAUUUUUCACGGCACCCAGAAUUCGACGUUGCACACAAUUUCUGCGCCAUUGAAAAGAAGAAAUGGGGACUUUUGGCAUCAUCACUCGACUCAGCGAGGAGGAGGACGACCGGACAUCGGGGGCUACCGAGGCGGCCGAAUGCAUCGAAUUGCGAGCCAUCCGCGUCCAGGUGACUGGCCAGCGGUUCUGCAGCAACCGGGUUUCGACGGCCAAGUACAACGCCCUCUCCUUCCUACCUUGCUUCCUGUUUGAACAGUUUCGACGCUACUCCAACUGCUUUUUCCUCUUCAUCGCCCUACUCCAGCAAAUUCCUGAUGUGUCACCAACGGGUCGAUACACGACGCUUGUCCCGUUGUUGUUCAUUCUGGCCGUGUCAGCCACCAAGGAAAUUGUCGAAGAUGUCAAAAGACACACAGCUGAUCAGGAGACCAACAAGAGGCAGGUGGAAGUCCUGCGGGAUGGCCAGUGGCUAUGGAUGACAUGGCAACAAAUUAACGUUGGAGAUGUGGUUCGAGUCAGAGCUGGAGCUUUCUUCCCGGCUGAUCUUAUCCUGAUUUCUUCGAGUGAGCCGCAUUCGCUGUGUUACAUCGAAACGGCCAAUUUGGAUGGGGAAACUAAUUUGAAGAUCCGCCAGGCUUUGCCAGCCACUGCCAAACUGUUGAGUGUCACGGCUCUCAAGGAUUUGCAAGGCACUCUGCAUUGCGAAUUGCCCAAUCGUCACUUGUACGAAUUCACCGGCACGCUCAGACUCGCCAAUCACGAGCCGCUUGCUUUGGGUCCGGAUCAAUUGCUGCAGAGAGGCGCCCGUCUCCAAAACACAAAAUGGGCCACCGGAAUCGUUCUCUACACCGGCCACGAGACGAAAUUGCUGCAGAAUUCAUCCGCCGCCGCUCCCUUGAAGAGAUCGACUGUUGAUCAAGCGGCCAAUAUGCAAAUUCUGUUGCUCUUUUUCUUGCUGGUCCUGCUCUCUUUGCUGGCCUCGAGUUGCAAUGAGAUUUGGGCCUCCAAUUUUGGCUUCCAACAUUGGUACCUUGGAUUAGAAGAUCUGCCGACGGCCAACUUUGGCUACAAUUUGCUGACGUACAUCAUUCUGUUCAACAACCUCAUCCCCAUUUCUUUGCAAGUCACCAUCGAGAUGGUCCGGUUCAUGCAGGCCACGUUCAUCAAUAAUGAUUUGGAAAUGUACCACGUCGAGACGGACACGCCAGCCUGCGCUCGAACUUCCAAUUUGAACGAGGAGCUGGGCCAGGUCAAGUACGUUUUCUCGGACAAGACUGGCACGUUGACGCAGAACGUGAUGGAGUUCCAGCAGUGCUCAGUGGGUGGCACCAUCUACUCGGCCAAGAGCGACGUGGUGGUCAACAGUUCCGGCAUGGCUUCGUCGAUGGUUCAAGACUUGACGGCCAAACAUUCGAACGCCCCCUACAUUCGAGAGUUCCUCACUCUGCUGGCCGUCUGCCACACGGUCAUACCGGAGAAGGAUGAAACCAAUCCCGAAAUCCUCCACUAUCACGCCGCCUCUCCAGAUGAAAGAGCUCUGAUUCAAGGAGCUGCUCGAUUGGGAUGGGUCCUGUCGUCACGCACACCAGAGACAUUAACGAUCACCGCCGAGGGGAUGGAACAUCGUUACCAGCUACUCCACAUCCUCGAGUUCACCAGCGACCGUAAACGCAUGUCGGUCAUCGUCCGGACGCCCUCCGGAAAGAUUAAAUUGUUUUGCAAAGGAGCCGACACGGUUAUUUACGAGAGAUUGGGAAGCGCCGCUCCUACGGGACCUCAGCAACAUCAACAAUACAUCAGACAGGUGACGACCAAUCAUCUGGAAGCGUUCGCUCGGGAGGGUUUGCGCACUCUGUGCUGCGCAGUGGCCGAAAUCCCGCACGAUAUUUACGAGGAGUGGAAGCACACGUAUCACCGGGCGUCCGUCUCGAUGCAGAACCGCGAGGAGAAAUUGGCGGAUGCGGCGAAUUUAAUCGAAAACAAUUUGGUUCUCCUGGGUGCUACGGCCAUUGAAGACAAAUUGCAAGAGGAGGUUCCGGAAACAAUUGGCGCGUUACUUGAAGCGGAUAUCCGCAUGUGGAUGUUGACUGGCGACAAGCAGGAAACGGCUAUCAACAUCGGUCACGCCUGUCGCCUCCUCAAUUCCAACAUGGAAUUAUUGGUCAUGAAUGAGGAAUCGCUCGAUGGUACGAGGGAAGUGAUUGGCCGAUGGUUGAGCACCCGCUCCGAGGGCAGCUCGCCCCUGAGCACGACCAUGGCUUCUUCGGCCGCCCUGGUCGUCGACGGACAGACUCUGAAAUACGCCAUGAGCUGCGACUUGAAGAAGGAUUUCCUCCAGUUGUGCCUGCAAUGCCGGGCCGUCAUUUGCUGUCGGGUGACGCCCAGUCAGAAGGCGGAAAUCGUCGAGGCCGUGACGAUCGAGACGCAGGCGGUGACGUUGGCCAUCGGCGACGGAGCCAACGACGUCGCCAUGAUUCAGAAGGCCCACGUCGGCGUCGGUAUAUCGGGCAUGGAGGGUCUCCAGGCGGCCUGCGCAUCGGAUUACUCGAUCGCCCAGUUCCGCUUCCUGCGCCGGCUUCUCCUCGUCCACGGCGCCUCCAAUUACUACCGCAUGUGCCGACUGAUUCUCUACUCCUUUUACAAGAACAUCACCCUGUACGUCAUCGAGCUCUGGUUCGCCCAUCACUCGGCCUGGUCGGGUCAGAUCCUCUUCGAACGAUGGACCAUCGGUCUCUACAACGUCCUCUUCACUGCCGCCCCACCUUUAGCCCUGGGACUGUUUGACCGGCGUUGCACGGCCGAGGUCUCCUACAGGUACCCGCAGCUCUACAAACCCUCACAGUCUGCCCAGCAUUUCAAUGUCAAGGUUUUCUGGUUCUGGAUGUCGAAAGCUUUGAUCCAUUCCGUGUUGCUGUUUGGGCUACCGCUGAUGGCCUUUGGUGAGGACAUUGUCUGGUCCAACGGAAAGGAUGGAGGCUACCUCAUUCUGGGCAACGCUGUGUACACCUAUGUCGUGGUCACGGUCUGUCUCAAGGCCGCACUGGAGACUUAUUCGUGGACGUGGCUUUCCUUAUUGGCUAUAGGAGGAUCAGUUCUGACAUGGUUCCUCUUUUUAGCUUUCUACAGUCAUUUUUGGCCCAGCUUACCACUCGCUGCCAACAUGGCCGGAAUGUCCCACAUGCUAUUGUCGUCGCCCGUCUUUUGGUGGGGACUGAUCCUUGCCCCAGUCACUGCCCUUAUCUCCGAUUUCUCCAUCAAAACCCUGUGGAAUACCAUGUUCAAGUCAUUCACUGACCAAGUGUGCGAAAGAGAGAUCAAUUUGCAGCGAUCCGAGUCGGGAAAGCUGCUGGAUAGUCAACGGAGAGAUUCCAGGACCAAGUUGGUUGAGACUGCCCGGCUGAUGCGCAGCGUUCGAAAUGUGUUCCGGCGGCCGAACGCCUCGUCGGACGGAGCUCGCGGCCAGACGGAACUCGAACUUUCUCACGGUUACGCUUUCUCGCAAGAGGAACACGGAGCGGUGCGGCAAGGGGACAUGGUUCGAGCCUACGACACCACUUUGCCUUCGAGGUCAAUGGACAAAUUGUAAAAGAAACAAACCAAAAACAUUAUCAAGACUGAAACAAAUUCACCGCCCCCAUCCUCACCACUCACACAAAAAAACCGGAAGAAGAAAUGCAAACACAUUCAGAUUUAUUCAUCAAACAACAACAAAUAGGAUCGUCCCCCGCCACAGCCCAGUUUGUUGACCCGGUUAUAUAGUUGUUUAUUACCGCGGGGACCUACUUGUUCAUUCAUUUUUACCCAAAUCGUCGAAAAGACAAAAGAAAAAAGGAUAGAAGACGAUACCCGCAUUUAGUAAUUUUGCUGUGCUGUUGGCCUCAGUGUCGGCUUCGUGUUGUACACAAUAAUCCCCCCCACCACCACCACCAACACUUUCCUGUGUCUCCUUUUUACUUGCAAUUCUUCCUCAUCCGGGGGAUGAAGGGAGGAUUGAACUCGGAGUUCUUUUUAUUAUUCGUUUUUUCUCCUGCGCCAUCUGUGUUAACUGUGAAAUAUCUCUUCGUUUGUGUCGUCGAUGAUUUAUUUUUUAAAAAAAUUACGUGUUUAGGUUCCUACUAUCCCCUUUUUAAAACACAUUUCCUGUCGUUCGCAACACACACACACACACAACUAUACACCCAGAAGAAAAGGAAAACACGACCCCCCGAAGUCGAUGGAUAGGACAAUGUGAUGAUCACCACUACCACAAGAACAACAACAAAUUCAUCCCAAUUCCAAUAAUGAUGAAUUUCAACAAAUUCUAGUCAGACUGAAUUGAUCAAGUUCAAAAAUAAUUUUCAAUUGCAUUGGGUUUUAUAGUUCCUUUUUUUUGGUUCCUUCAAAUCUUUGGUAGUAUAUUUCGAUUACGUCAACUUGUUGUCUCUCUGCCUUUUGUUUCUUGCCAAUUCAAUUCGCACCCGAGUCUUUUUUUUUAAUGAUUUCGAUUUUAGUUUUAUUUGAAUUAGGUGAUUUUUUAAGAAACUACUGUGUCAUUCGUAUUCGUCUUCCUGCCACGUUGGACUUUCAUCGCGGGUCAUCACUUUCACUUAUUUAAUUGGCGUGAUUUAAUUUAAUUCAUUUUUUUUUUAAAUUAAUUUAUGAUUUCAUUAUUGGGUCUCAUUUCUUGGAAAUUAUUCAUUGGUCUCUCCUCUCUCUCUCUCUCUUCUAUUUCUCUGGUCGCUCUGCCUCUUCAUUUCUAUCGGCCCGCCCUUUCCAAACUUUAUCGACGUCUUUCUAUAUUCCAUAUACUAUUGUCAUUAUCAUAUUAUACAUGUACCGGCUGAAACUUGUUGUCACGUUUUCCAUUACAGAUUGAUGAAAAAAAACUGAUCGCCCAGUUAGAACCAACGCUAAACUAACAUUUUAUUUUCAUUGGGAAAAUGCCCUCAACUUGAUUUUUCAAAUUUCAGACAGGCAAAAACUAUUCGCUUCCGCAUUCCAUCCGGUUUGAGAAUAGCAAAUUCUUCUUCCAAGACGUCGCAUUUCAAGCCCUUCUACCAAACUGUUUACCGACUACUUCAGCGAGGUUUAAUUUCUAUUUUACGUCUAGUUAUUUGGCUAGUCCAGUGAUUCCUGUUUUAUCUUUCAUUUAUUCUAGAUGAAUCUCGUUGAGCCGACCGCUAUUCGUCCUCCCGCGGAAUUUGAACCGGAAAAUUCCAAGGUAAGCGUUGCAUUUCUUUUCGUAAUUUUUUAUUUUCUUUUAUCAGUGAUAAAUGAUUAAGAAAGUGGCGUGUGAUCACUUGUCGUUCUGACGGUGCAAUAUGUUUUGUGACAUUGCAUGUUUUGUAACAAAUAUUUUGUUUCGAAAUCUGUUUGCGUCGCUUAUGAAUGGCUGUAGAGAUUGGUAGAUUAUCAUUCUGGGAAAAUUUGUGCGCAUACCAAUAGGUAGCCUACCUAUGGCUGGAUGUCACGGCAGGGUGGGUUUUACGUCAUUCUUCCGGCUCGUAUGUGACCAUCACAUGAUGAGAUAAACUUUAUUUUAUUCAGUUUCAUUUGCUAUUUCAUUUGGGUUGCACUGUAUUACGCCAGCACAUUCCAUAACACAUGGACCUGUGUUAUCUGUGAAACUGGUUGCCUAAUUCAUAGAGACCUAGUCUCUACUCAAUAUUUUAUGUUACCGCCGAGCACAUUCUAAAUGCAUGAUAAUGACGAAAUAGAUAGCUAGGCAAAUAGACAGAUAGAGAUAGAGUGAUGAAUGUAUAAUGAUGAGACAAAAUUUUAACACACGCGAAAACUCUAUGAAAAUAUUUGUGCGAAUAACAGUUUUGAUGUCUGUGGGAAAUGGGAAACGGCAGCAUUCACGAUUGAUUGAUGAUCCGACCAAAGAAACAAAGAAGGAACAUGACCGAUGCUGCUGGUGCCGCUGUUGAAGUGGUGGAGGACGGAAUGGAUUGAACCGAUGGGAAACAUUUUUCAGUAAAUUGUCCAUCACUUCUAGCAAUAGAUUGAAAUCUGUCCGGUUAACAACAAAAAAUAUUAUUAGUAGCUAUUUGAUUUUUUUUAAAAUGAUAUUUGUAUACCCUUUGAAACACUGGCCACAAUUGGCCACUGACUUUGCACAUACGGGUUCACCUGAGCUGUACAUUAGCGACUGGCGAUUAAAUAUGCUUUCGCAAGGUACGCAUGUUUCGCAAAGGUUGGAGGAGCAGUAAAAUCCAACCCCACAUUCCCGGUCCUCAUAGCACUAUUUGAAAAAUUGAAGAUCUUUAGUCUGUGCAGCCAUCGUUAAGAUUGUUCCAUUUCGCAAUUCAUCUUUCUAUGGAAUUUUUUUCAAAUGUCGUCACAUUUCAUCCCUGGAAAUUACGACGUAGUAUUAGUUAACCGAGAAUUUUGUUCACAUAUCUCGAUGGAUAACGUUCGACGAGUAUAAGAAAGUGGAACAACGCUGCUAUACCUAUUCAGUAACAAACAGAUAGGUGCGCUGUAAAGAUAUAGGUAUCUACCUGGUCCAAGUGUUGUUAACUAAUUAUUCUAAAGCUUUUUCCCCAGAGAAAGGAAACAUCAUGAGUGACGGAGCCAAAAGAAAUGUUUCUGCUUCAGACGUUCAACUGGAUCGCAGCACCAUCAUCGGUAGAGGAAGAAGCGCAAUCAUCUUUGCCGGAACUUUUGGCAAUAUUCAAGUCGCCAUUAAACGAGUCAUGUCUACGGACUUGCAUCCACAGUGGGAAAAUCAGCCUGUUGACGCUUGUUUCAAUAAGAUAACGGCCCUGCAACACCCCAACGUUUUGAAGAUUACUGGUAUCUAUGACGACGAACACUUUCGGUAUCACAUCAUGGAGCACUGCGCCGCCAGCCUUUUCGAUUACUGUUGCAACACGUACAAAGGAGAAGUUCCCAGUCAGUCGGACGGACUUUACCAGAUGGUCAGCGGAUUGCAUUACAUCCAUUCGCAGGGAUUCAUUCACCGGAACAUCAAACCGGAGAACGUUCUCAUCUCACAGUCGAUCCAUUUGAAAAUAUCGGAUUUCGGACUGACUGCUCCGAUUUCCGCCCGGGCUAGUUUUUCAAUGAGCAGCAGCACCAGGACAUCUCCCAACAUGCAGGCGCCUGAAAUUAUUCAAAGUGACGAAGAUUAUUCCAGUGUGGAAGAGAGCGAAGCCAAACAUAACGUGGCCAGCGAUACCUUUUCACUGGGAUGCGUUUUGUUCACUUUUCUGACUAAAGGAGGUCACCCGUUUCUCAGCGGAGGAUCUCGCCAUUUUAUCGCCAUCAACAUCAUCGAAGGGAAAUAUGGUUUCUCUGGUUUAGAUGAACAGCAUUUUGCUAUACCCAUCAUCGAGAAAAUGAUCAACAAAAUCCCGGAAGAACGAAUUCAACUAGAUCAAGUUUUAAAGACGUUAAAACCACACAUUAGUAGUGACUAACAACAACUAGGGUUGUCAACGGAGCAAUCUUCUCCUCUCUCCCACAUGGAUGAAAGAUUUGUUCGGAAGAAUCCGAAAUUUCUAGUAAACCAGAAAGUUCAGUCCCCUUGGAAAAUGGAGAAUGAAGGGCAAGUAUCAUCGCCUUCCUUUCCUGGAAUUUUAUUUGCGCUGAUUCACGAAUUCAUCGUGCACCGAAUAUAUUUAGAUUUCCCUAGCGGAAUGGAGUUGGUUGAUACGUUGGCAAUCUUAUUACGAAUAUAAAUUAAAGAAGUAAACCUAGUUCAGUUAUCAGUUCGGUAAUACACUGUUUCUUCUCAAAAUUGUCAACUAUUAUUCAUUUUUUACUUCACCAGCUGUCAAAUAUUCGAAAUUGGCGCUCAAUUCUAAUUUCCUAUUUGGGUUGUAUUGGUGACGUUAUGAUUUGCUGACAUGCGGACGUGGCUCAGCUGGAUAGCUUCAGCUUAUAACUUACAGGGCAGAGCGUUCAAGGCCUAUGAUGAUCAAAAUAUGUAUUCCGUCUGAUAUCAACUGAUUACAAAAUGGAUCCAAUUCCUGAGGCAAAAUGUAAAUUUUUUUUCAAAUUUCUUAUUUUAUUGUUGUCUAAUAACUAAUAAGGGGUUUCAGUUCAUCAGACUGCCAUAUUUUAGUAGAUCUAAAAAUUGAAUAAAUAUGAAAGUACAUCAAAGCUUCAACAAAAUCAAAUUAAAAAGCUGGAGGAAUGGAGGAUCGAACUCCAGGCUUUUCGCAUGCAAAGCGAACACUCUACCACUGAGUUACACCCCCGACAUUUCCAACAACUGCAAACUAAGGAAAAUUCGGAUACACUUUGUGUUGAAAUGUGACAAGAAAAAUGGAUUUCCCAUUUUCAAGCCAUGUUCAGUUUUAUCUCAUUGAUUUCCGCUCUACUUCUACAACCGCGGAUUUUCCUCAUUAUAACGCUCCGAUUAACUGCCGAAUUUUUCGUGGUAUUCAACUAAACUCGCAUCAUAUUUUUACUCAAAUAUUCCAUAUCAAACAUUUCAUGGUUUCCUGGGUCGACCGCUUUUGUAUCAACGCUGAGGUUAAAUUAUCGUCCGAGUUCUGUUCGUUCUGCUGUUCUGUUCGUGUUCUGUGUACAAGAUCAGCGCAAAGGCUAGCAAUAAAAUGACAUCCAUUUUGAACCCGAUCAUUCCGUUUUGCGUUAGUUUGCCUGGAAAUAAACUUAAUACCGGCCAUGACGUAGUUGUUGGGGGCGAAGCAUUUUAUGGGGCCCAAAGGUUCUCCAUCAACUUUAUCCAGUCCAGCUCACAAACUCGUUUGUUUCAUUUGGAUUUCCGCUUUGAUCAGAAUGAGACUGUCCUCAACUCAAACUAUCCGAAUGGAUGUUGGGCUCAAGAAGAGCGCACGCCUUUACCUCUCAUCUUGGGAAAGAAAUUCAACAUCGAAAUCAAGUUCUCGUCUGAUCGUUUUGUGAUAAUAGUUGAUUUCCAGUACCACUGUGAUUUCGUUUAUCGUUUCGACAUGUCUGAGGCCGACGCGUUGCUGAUUGAAGGCGACGUCAAUAUGAACUCGAUUCAGUUUAACUAACGCCAUUUUUUUUAUCGACACCUGUCAAAUAAACGAUCGGUGAAAAAACUAUACUUUUGAUUGUUUAAAGAGUUAUUUUUCCUUUAUCGCCUUAUUCAUUCAUUGAAAAAAAAAUAUAUUUGCCUGCGCCAUGCCACCAUCAGGCCAUCUAUAGUUAUUCAUGUUCAUGACUCAAGGGGAUUUUGGCUAGACUACUCACCAGACGUUUAUUCAGGUGGGCGUUUAAUCGCUUUGCCAUACCUUGCAUUCUAGAACUUUUGUGCAACACCCGCCACACGUGCUGCGGCCAAAAAGGGCUCGAUUUUUCACCAGUUUGGGACUGUUCGUCGAAUAGAAAGGUUCGUCUCUGGUUACAUUCUCCUUUUGUUGGUAAUGUGAUGACGUAAUCCGUAUUUUUCCUUUCGAGUCAUGCCCUAGUUAUGUCUAUGAAUUGUUUGGCGUCUGUCUGUGUAACUCUCAGUGAUUAGCCUUAACACAUUUGACAAUCUUUCUUGUUAAACCAUGUUGGCUAAACAAGAUUAUUGGGUGGUAAAAUUUUUUCGAGUUGUAGCUUGAUAACUGAUAAGGUGCUUAAACGGCAAUUGAGGUUGCAUGCUAAGAAGCUUAUUGCAUUACGGAAACAUUGUCGUUAAAAACUUAAAAGUAAGAAAUGUGAUUUGGUAUGUAGGUCAAAAGUUUCGAAAAAAAAAUUUCAGGGGUUGAAUACGUAAAUUAACUUGAAUUGGCCACUUCUCUUGUCGUUCGCACCAGGCUAUCCUUGUUAGAUUUCCUUUUGUCUUGACAGGUAAAAUCUCAGUCAGUCCCAACCAUAGGUUUCUUACGGUGUUUUAUGGUUAGAUAAACUUUCUGUGGUACUUUGACAGGGAUUUCAGUAUCCAUGUGUUGCAAUAUCCAUUGAAAAUUAUGGGGGACGUUUUUAUCUCAUUUCCGUGGGGGAUUGAUUACCAAAUGGUGCAACACUUAGCGAUGCUUGUGUUAAAAAUCGAUGUGGUUGCUGUGCUUGGACUUCAUUCCACAAAGUUUUACUGACUUGUCGUAUCCGUUCUAGAUCGUCUGGCCAACAAAAUGAGUAAAACCAUUUCUAUCAAGUACCCGGAAGUUCCACUUGAACAUUACAUUUCCGAUGGCAAACUUGAAGUUGGCGAUAAGGUUGAGCUAAAGGGUGAACCUUUGGAGAAUGCCGUGAGGUUUUCCGUCAACUUCAUCGACAGCUCGACCGAGCAAUGCAUCUUCCAUUUGGACUUCCGAUUUAAUGAGGAAGAACCCUAUAUAAGGACUGUGGUUCGCAACACCAAUUUCCCUUAUGGCACCUGGGGUGAGGAAGAGCGUGCCGACAACCCGCUUCAAAGAGGAGAGAACUUCAAGAUUCAGAUCAAAGUCUUGGAGGAUCGUUUUGACGUUGAAGUGAACGACGCUCAUAGUUUUGACUUUGUUCAUCGUGUUUCGCUCGGCAACGCAAACGUAAUCAACAUUAAGGGAGACGUCAAGAUUAAAUCUGUUAAGAUUAAGGAGUGUUGAUCUAGUUGUAUCUUUAAAAUAUCAGAAGCUAAAGAAACUCAAGUAUCUUUGCUGCCUCUAUUGCUUUUUGCUUAAAGUUGUUUUGGGAGUUGUAAUAACAUUUUUCACUGGUGUAAUGUUUGAAUUAUUCAAAACAUAAACAUCCCAAAAUGUCUAGAUGGACAAUUUUCGCUUAAA